AUGGGGGGCCCGGGCGGCGGCGGGGGCGGCUUGGAGAACGCCAACCCGCUGGUCUACCGGCGCCAGGGCGAGCGGCCCACCACGGCGCGCGAGCAGGAUGAGGGGCUGCCCGACGCCAUCGACGCCCGCGAGAUCUUCGAUCUCAUCCGCGGCAUCCACGACCCCGAGCACCCGCUGACCCUGGAGGAGCUGAACGUGGUGGAGCAGCUCCGCGUGCAGGUGAGCGACGCCCAGAGCGCCGUGUCGGUGGAGUUCACGCCCACGAUCCCGCACUGCAGCAUGGCGACCCUCAUCGGCCUCUCCAUUAAAGUGAAGCUGAUCCGGUCCCUCCCGGAGAGGUUCAAGGUGGAUGUCCACAUAACACCUGGGACGCAUGCUUCUGAGCAUGCAGUAAACAAGCAACUUGCUGACAAAGAGAGAGUAGCGGCUGCCUUAGAGAACAUGCACUUGCUCCAGGUGGUGAACCAGUGCUUGUCGGGACGAUCUUAGUGCCUCUGUGUGUGUGUGUGUCUCUCUCUGAGCAUCUGGUGGAGGCCAGCUUCUUGAUGAAAAAAGGUCUUUCACUUGUCGUCUGUCUACGCUGGAGUAAAAAAAAAGUAGUUCCUUAGCAAAAAGGCCAUUUAAAUUUUUUCACUUGAGUUGGCAAUAAAUGUGGUUCUAAAAUAUGCCAUUUGAAUAGAGGAAGAUGCUUGUAAUAAUUAACAAAAGCCUUAUACCUUCCAGUCAAAUAGGUCUGUUUUUAAAAACCUCCAGUGAUGGACCAUCGACAACUCUGGGAGACAAGUGAUUCCAUUCCAUUACUCUGUUACUCUGUAUUCUGUAAAUUUCAGCACCAUAAGCUGUCAGCAAGGAAGUGUUCAGAAAGGGGUUCAAUGAAAUAUAAUUUCAUUUAAUACAUGGGUACAAAUCCUUUAUUUCCUGUGUUUGAAAACAGAAUAUAUCUGCCAUUAAAACUUCUUUGGAUAA